UGCAGACCUGUUGCACUUGCUGGAUCUCUUUCAUCUCAUUUGAUCUUUGUACAGGCAAAUAGCUCCUCGCCACUGAAGAACAGUGCACAUUUGUAAUGAACUCUAGGAAUGAAGUUUAAAGCCAGCCAUUCAUUGUGACCACAAAGUGACUCAUUACCGCAGCCUGCUAGUGAAGAUGGUUGGGAUUAUUUCUUUUCUAUGCCUCGCUCCUGUCCCCACGCCUGUUUACGUUCAUCGGAACUACACUCCUCUGGCUCCCUGCCACCCUGCAGUAUUUAUACCCAUACAGCGGUAAUCAUCACUCAAGGAAUCCUCGCGAAAUCAGCUACAAACCACUAAACUUGGACUGAGUGAGAGGGCUGAAUUUAGGAUUCACCUGAUCAGGUCUCUGACGAUGAAGGAGCGCGAGUCACCUCGAGCAUUAUGGUGAAACCACCGGCUACUGAUCUCUGUAGAGAUGCUCACCAGUUCAGACCAGUCCCUUUUCCUCUCACCCAAUCCCCACUCUUCAAGAGGAGAGACACAUGUCCAGUCUUCCCUGUCCCUUCCUGAGCCUGAGGCCUGGAGGAAGCCCAGCCCUGCUGCCCGUCACAGCCUUGCUUCAGGAGCUCGCUCCUGCUCUCUACAGGUCCCCGAUGCCCUCCCUGAGUACUUGGGGCUGCCUCCUCGAGCAGCCAGCUUUGAUGUGCCUUGUGGUCAAGAGGAUGGCUCGGAUCAGGGUUCAGGGUCUCUGAGCUCCCACUGCAUGCUGCGGCGGCGUGGGGGGCUUGUGGAACAGAAGGACAUCAUCAUGGCUCACCAGGCUCAUAAAAUCCAGAGCACGCCACAGGCCCGCAGGAAGGAGUGGGAAAUGGCUCGGUUUGGGGACGAGUGUGCUCCCAGCAAGGUGGACUCCAGGGAUGGAGACCUGGAGCGCGGCGGAGACGGGCAGGAUGCGGCGUCGGCAGCACUGACUGCUUCCAUGAAACAAGCCAAGGCGCAGAGGGCUCGGACCAUGGCUCUGUACAACCCCGUCCCCCACCAGCAGAACUGCCUCACCGUCAACAGGUCGCUGUUCAUAUUUGCAGAGGAUAACAUCAUUAGGAAAUAUGCCAGGAGAAUCAUUGAAUGGCCACCAUUCGAGUACAUGAUCCUUGCCACCAUCACUGCCAACUGCGUCGUCCUGGCCUUGGAGCAGCACCUCCCAGGAGAGGAUAAGACCCCCAUGGCCAAGAGAUUGGAGAAGACGGAGCCGUAUUUUAUUGGGAUCUUCUGUUUUGAGGCGGGAAUCAAGUUGGUGGCCCUCGGUUUUGUUUUCCAUAAAGGCUCCUACCUGAGGAACGGCUGGAAUGUCAUGGACUUCAUAGUUGUUCUCAGUGGGAUUCUGGCCACCGCUGGUGCACACAUGAACAUCCCAGUCGACCUUCGGACACUGAGAGCCGUGCGAGUCCUGAGACCGCUGAAACUCGUCUCAGGGAUCCCCAGCCUGCAGAUUGUGCUGAAGUCCAUCAUGAAGGCCAUGAUCCCGCUGCUUCAGAUUGGCCUUUUGUUGUUCUUCGCCAUCCUCAUGUUUGCCAUCAUUGGUUUGGAGUUCUACAGCGGAAAGCUUCACCAAACUUGCCUGCCAUCUUUCGACAUCCUUGACAAUGAAACUGUUGACUCAUCAGAGUUGGCAUUUGCAUGUGGAGUGAGGAAGUGUCCAGAGAAGUAUGACUGCAAUGACACCUGGAUCGGGCCCAACGACGGCAUCACGCAGUUUGACAACAUCUUGUUUGCUGUGCUCACCGUUUUCCAGUGUAUCACUAUGGAAGGAUGGACGGCUGUUCUCUAUAAUACUAAUGAUGCUCUGGGUCCCACAUGGAACUGGAUGUACUUCAUUCCUCUCAUCAUCAUUGGCUCAUUCUUUGUCCUGAACCUGGUGCUGGGUGUCUUGUCUGGAGAAUUUGCCAAGGAGAGGGAGAGGGUGGAGAACCGGCGGGCCUUCAUGAAACUACGCCGCCAGCAGCAGGUGGAAAGAGAACUGAACGGGUACCGAGCCUGGAUAGACAGGGCAGAGGAGGUAAUGCUGGCAGAGGAGAAUAAAAAUUCAGGGAGAUCGGCCUUAGAUGUGCUAAAGAGAGCAAGUAAGAAGACUGGUCCUCGGAGAGGAGCGCCGGGGGACGACAAGUAUACAGACAUGUCGACUGCCAGCAUGUCGAGAUCAAGGAUGAAUUUCCGCAGUGGCCGUCGUGGCCCUGCUGCCUACCUGCGACGCAAAGAACGGAUGUUGCGCAUCUCUAUCCGCCGCAUGGUGAAGACAGACACUUUCUACUUGAUGGUGCUCAGCCUGGUAGCUCUGAACACCAUCUGUGUGGCCAUUGUCCACCACAACCAGCCCGACUGGCUGACCAUCUUCCUUUACUAUGCAGAGUUUGUUUUCCUGGGGCUGUUUUUAGCGGAGAUGUUUUUGAAAAUGUAUGGUCUGGGUUUCAGACUCUACUUUCAUUCAUCUUUCAACUGCUUCGACUGUGGGGUCAUUGUUGGCAGCAUCUUUGAGGUGAUUUGGGGCUUUUUCAGGCCGGGCAUGUCAUUUGGGAUCAGUGUACUGCGGGCGCUGAGACUCCUCAGAAUUUUUAAAAUCACCAAAUACUGGACCUCUCUCAGGAACCUUGUUGUGUCACUCAUGAGCUCCAUGAAGUCCAUCAUCAGCCUGCUUUUUCUUCUCUUCCUCUUCGUUGUGGUAUUUGCUCUGCUGGGGAUGCAGCUUUUUGGAGGAAGGUUCAUCUUUGAAGAUUACACUCCCACCAACUUUGACACGUUUCCAGCUGCUAUCAUGACAGUGUUUCAGAUUUUGACUGGUGAGGACUGGAAUGAGGUGAUGUACAAUGGUAUUCGCUCACAGGGAGGUGUGCAGUACGGCAUGUGGUCCUCAAUCUACUUCAUUGUGCUCACACUAUUUGGAAACUACACGCUGCUGAAUGUCUUCUUGGCCAUUGCUGUGGAUAAUCUGGCCAAUGCACAGGAACUGACAAAGGAUGAAGAAGAGGAAGAGGAGUUCUUCAACCAGAGAUAUGCCAGAGGCAGAGAUGGCUUGAUCUCCGAUGGGAGAAGAAGACCAUACCUGUACAGGAAACGAGCGAUCCACCGAGGUCGUCCAACCUUCCCAGAUGAGCCUGAAGGUGUGACAGGGGUCCCAGAUGAGCAGCCUCUCAAUAGGUCCAAUGCCUUUGCCAACCGCCGCGAGAGGAGGAGAAAAGUGAACAUGUCAGUGUGGGAGCAGAGGGCCAACCAGUUACGCAAACGCCGCCAGAUGGCAAGCAGAGAAGAGUUGUUUGGCAGCCCUACAGAGGACACCGUUGAAACUCCCACUAUUGCACACCAUGUCCCCGCCCUUACCCCAGAGGCUAGCCCAGCUCACCUGUCUGAGUCACCCAUGUCUGUGGGUAUGCCCCUCCCAGAGCCCCCGAUGUCCAUGUCCAUCCCUGACCCUCCAGUGGCUGAGCCUCUGGUAAACCUAAGUGAGGAGAAAACAGGAGGAGCUAAUCACCGCACUGCAGGUGGUAGGCACAGGAUCGCCCGUAAGUUCCGACCCAGCCAAGGGCCAGAGGAGGGGGCCCGGCACAGACGCCACCGUCACCGCGAGGCUCGCAUCGAGGCCAAGAGUCUAGACUGUACACAGUCACCGCAUGAGGUACCAGUAGUCACAAGGUCCCUCAGCCAGGAUAGAAAGAUACUGGAUGAGAGGGAGGAGAAGGAAGAAAAGGAGGAGAGAGAGAAAGCAGAGGUAGAAGGAGAGUCAACUGAAGAUGACUGUGUAACGUGCAUCGUCAACCCAUAUGCAGAGGUUGGAGAAGACUGUAGAAGAGUUGUUGCGCCUGGUGCUGAGCCUCCUCAGUGUGAGCAGCUGCUGGACUGUGCCUGGUCGGAGCAGGGUGAAAGCGGGGACACAGACCAGUUUGAGCCCUUGUGCCAAAACAUCCCAGUGGAGCCUGCUUUAGAGGCCACGGAAUAUAAUGUGAGUGCCAUUGAGUCUGAGAGCCGAAUGGUCUCCAUCAAACGUAAGAAGCCCAACCUGGAGGGAAGUGUGGCCAUCGAAAUGUCUGCACAACCGCUGCUGGAGCUCACACCCAUGACAGCAAACAGCAAAGAGUUGGAGGCGUACCAGUCCGAGCAGAAAGAGAAAGAGGAGGACACGGAGGAGGAAGAACCUCCAGUUCCCCCCAAACCUGUUGCUCCAGACAGCAUGUUCAUCUUCAAGGCCUCAAACCCUAUCAGAAGGAUCUGCCACUAUGUGGUCAACAUGCGCUACUUUGAGAUGACCAUCCUUCUUGUGAUCGUGGCGAGCAGCAUUGCACUGGCCGCUGAGGAUCCUGUGUGUACCAAUUCAGAAAGAAACAAGGUCCUCCGUUAUUUUGAUUAUGUCUUCACUGGAGUGUUCACUUUUGAAAUGAUCAUUAAGAUGAUAGACCAGGGUCUCAUUCUGCACGACCGCUCUUAUUUCCGAGACAUGUGGAACAUCUUGGACUUUAUUGUGGUGGUGGGCGCUCUGAUUGCCUUUGCUUUAACGAAUGUGAUGGGGACCAACAAAGGCCGAGACAUCAAGACAAUAAAAUCCCUCCGAGUUCUUAGAGUUCUGCGGCCUCUUAAAACCAUCAAAAGACUUCCUAAACUUAAGGCUGUUUUCGAUUGUGUGGUCACAUCUCUGAAGAACGUCUUCAACAUCCUCAUUGUGUACCAGCUCUUCAUGUUCAUCUUUGCUGUCAUCGCAGUGCAGCUUUUUAAAGGGAAGUUCUUCUAUUGCACUGACAGCUCCAUGAAUACAGAGAAAGAAUGCCAAGGCUAUUACAUUGACUACAGCAGAGACAAAAAGGAGGUGAAGAGGAGAGAGUGGAGGAGACACGAGUUUCACUAUGACAAUGUCUGCUGGGCUCUUCUCACACUUUUCACUGUCUCAACUGGAGAGGGAUGGCCUCAAGUCCUGCAGCACUCCACUGAUGUAACAGAGGAGAACAUGGGGCCGAGUCGGGGCAAUCGAAUGGAAAUGUCCAUUUUUUAUGUGGUCUACUUUGUGGUCUUCCCGUUCUUCUUUGUCAACAUCUUCGUGGCUCUGAUCAUCAUCACCUUCCAGGAGCAAGGUGACAAAAUGAUUCAUGAGUGCAGUCUGGAGAAGAACGAGAGGGCUUGCAUCGACUUUACCAUCAGCGCCAAGCCAAUGACCCGCUACAUGCCCCAGAACAGACAAACGUUCCAGUACAGACUGUGGCACUUUGUGGCAUCGCCCUCGUUUGAGUACACAGUGCUCGUUAUGAUCGCCCUUAACACUGUGGUCCUCAUGAUGAAGUACCACUCAGCCCCAACAGCUUACGAUACAGUCCUAAAACACCUGAACACAGCCUUCACUGUCCUCUUCUCCAUGGAGUGCAUACUCAAGAUUAUGGCAUUUGGUUUUGUGAACUACUUUCGAGAUACUUGGAAUAUUUUUGAUUUCAUCACUGUUCUUGGCAGCAUCACAGAGAUAAUUGUGGAUUUACAGUCGGUUAACACCAUCAACAUGAGCUUCCUGAAGCUUUUCCGAACAGCCAGGUUGAUCAAGCUGCUGAGACAGGGUUACACCAUCCGUAUUUUGCUGUGGACCUUCGUACAGUCAUUUAAGGCUCUUCCUUAUGUCUGUCUUCUCAUCGCUAUGCUUUUCUUCAUAUACGCCAUAAUUGGAAUGCAGGUGUUUGGAAACAUCAAGCUGAAUGAUGAGAGUCAUAUCAACCAGCACAACAAUUUUAAGACAUUUUUCUAUGCGCUGAUGCUUCUGUUCAGGAGUGCGACAGGAGAGUCCUGGCAGGAGAUCAUGCUUUCCUGUCUAUCAGGUCAGGAGUGUGAACCAGACCCCUCCAUUGCCCCCCUCACUAUGUCUCCAGACCACGAGGGAGGCUGUGGCACCGACUUUGCUUACUGUUACUUCGUCUCAUUUAUUUUCUUCAGCUCCUUCCUGAUGCUAAACCUGUUUGUGGCUGUAAUUAUGGAUAACUUUGAGUACCUGACACGAGACUCCUCAAUCCUGGGUCCCCAUCACCUGGAUGAGUUUGUCCGCAUCUGGGGAGAGUAUGAUCGUUUGGCAUGUGGUCGCAUCCACUACACGGCCAUGUAUGAGAUGUUAACACACAUGUCACCACCCUUGGGCCUGGGCAAAAAGUGUCCUGCCAAGAUCGCCUAUAAGAGGUUGGUGUUGAUGAACAUGCCUGUGGAUGAGGACAUGACUGUACACUUCACCUCCACUUUGAUGUCACUCAUCCGCACAGCUUUGGACAUCAAAAUCGCUCGAGGUGGAGAGGACCGUGUUGCUCUGGAUACUGAACUACAGAAAGAGAUCAGUAUCAUUUGGCCUUAUUUGCCGCAGAAGAACUUGGACCUACUGGUACCUAUCAACAAAGAUACAGACAUGACAGUGGGAAAGAUCUACGCUUCAAUGAUGAUAAUGGACUACUUCAAACAGAACAAAGCCAAGAAGCUCAGGCAACAGCUAGAAGCUCAGAAGAGUAGCUUGAUGUUCAAGCGCCUGGAUGCCUCAACCCUCCCAGAGGAUAUUCUGUCCAACACCCAGCCCCUGCCGAUGAUGGCUCAUAGCGCGGGUUCAGCCCUGACCAGAGGAGGUUUUGUAGCUUUGAGUCCAAUCUCACCCCAGGAACUGUUUAUGCCCCCCAUCAGCUCCGACAUUGAUGCUAGUCAACAGGAAAAUCUGACGGAGGUUGAAAGUGGCUCCAUGAAGCGUUCAGCUUCCACUGCUGGGGAACAGCAGGUGAACGGUCUUUGGCAAGAGGAGAAAAGCCCUGAGCGAGUGUAUCGACCUCGUCACAAGAGCUAUAAGGCUGCUGUUGCUCGGUCUGAACACUGGAAGCAGAGUGACAGGGAGCGUGGACGGUCCAAGGAGCGCUGUCACCUCCUCUCUCCAGACACAUCUCGUUGUAACUCAGAAGAAAGGAGCUUACAGCCGUCACGAUCCUCCAGCGUAGAGAGAGCACAUCCCCAAGACAAACAGGGCAACAGCUCAGACAGUCCAGUGCCCUCCACCUCAGAGUCCAGCACCCCCAGUGGCCAACGACCAUUAUCACAAACCCCGAACCUGUGUCGCACACAAGCCUCUGUCGGUGAAGAUGAGGAUGAACAGGGCAGCCCAGAGACCAUAAGGCGGGGCAAGCCCACCUGGGAGACCCAAGAGGGGGUCACAGGUGAGAGGCGGACAGCGGCCGACCGCGACCGACACCCGUCCCCACCUCGACGCUACCCCUCUGAGCCAUUCCUGGCCUCACAAGAGGAUGAACAUAGCCCAGACCCCUCUGGUCCCAUGGAGACGUUGACCUUUGAAGCAGCUGUGGCAUGCAGCCUUGGACGCUCAAAUACCAUUGCCUCAGGCCAUCCACGCUUACGGACUGGCUGGCAGGUCCCCAAUGGACACUUUCGGAAGCGUCUCGCACAGACGGCCUCAGUUGCAGGUUGUGAUCCUCUCAGUGACACAGAGGAAGAUGACAGAUGCUAGGGACAAGAGGUAUAGCAUGAGAGAGGACGUGUUAGAGAAGUACGCUGUACUACCAUGUACAGAGGGUAAAUCUCAAUUCCCGUAAUUUUAUCCAUAUUUCCCUCACUUGCAUCUUUUCCUUGUGUCUUAGUCCUGCCCACAUAAGAUGUUAAGAAGAAAAGAUGCAAGGAGAAAAUGAGAGAGAGGACUCGAGGAGACAUGAGAUGUCCUUGCCUCUGAUCCUUCAUCUGAAGCAUCCAGCCACCCGCUAAUUUUGGAUAAAGGGUGCCUGUCAGUCCAUAAAAGACUUUUGUGAAAGAUGCUCUUUUGUAUCCUCGCUCAUGGCUCCUUCAGCCAGCCUCCCC